CUUCUAAGUAUCAAAGGCAAAAGAUCCAAAUUCACACAUAAACAUGCUUACACUAAUCCAUUUUUGUUUAACUAUAAUUAAAUUUGGAUUAAAUAUUCCAUAUAUAAGGUUAAUCUAACAGAAUUUUGCGGGGUGGUGAAUCAUUUUCCACAGCAUAACAGAAAAUCCCAAAAUCACUCUCUGCAAAAUCACUUUCUGCAAAAUCACUUUCUGAAAAAUGACUUUCUAAAAAAUCACUCUCUCUCAAUCAUUUUUUUCUCACAAUCACUCACGCAAUUCUCGCCACUCUCUCACAAUCACUCUUCACACCAUAACCGAAAAAACCAAUUCUCUCUUCUCUCAUUUUUGGCUCUACAGGCUCUUGCUCAAAUUCAUCAAGAUUUCAUCAAUUAUUGUGGAAUUUGUCUGUUGAUUCGUGAUAUGCAGGUAAACGGUGAAUUUCUGUUGAUCAAGAUUGGAGCGAAACGGUGACCGGUUCGUGUUAUUGCCAAAACCUGCUAGCUGCCGUAACAGCCGAAGAAACUACUCGAUCGGUGCUUCGUUGAGCUGGAUUAGCUUCGUCAUCCUCCUUUCACAACCGAUUCCUGCAUCUAUUUCGCCGUCUCAAGCUUCAAAUCGCCAUUUCCGCAACCGUCAUCAAGAAAGGUACCUUUAGUUGCUCAAUUCCUUGCGAACUUUUGCUUUGCGUUGCUUAAGCAACUUGCAUUGAGGGACCCUUUGGAUCGAGAUCUUGGCUGAGAGACUUUCUAUUCAGAGAUGAGAAGACCCGGCUUGAAGGAUGAUGUUGCUUACAGUUUCUUUGACCCGGAUAUCAGUGUGUUGAAGGAUAUGAUAGCGUUGAUCACUCCUGACCAUGUGGGGUUGUUUCGUGCGGUGUAUGGGGGUAUUCUGAAGAUGGUUUUCAGGCUCAUGGACAGAGACAGGAGCGCCAUCCAUACUCUACUUCAGUUUUACGAUCCCGAGCUGAGAUGUUUCGUCUUCCCCGAUUACGUGCUAGGGCCGAUGUUGGAAGAUUAUGCUGAUAUUUUGAAUAUCCAGAUCAGGGAUCAAGUUCCUUUCCGUGUUACUAAGGAAGAACCUGAUAUUGGUGGGAUUUCCCGUGCUUUCUAUCUGAGUCCAGAGGAAGUGAAGAGUAAUCUGAAGGAGAAGGGUAAGCUGCCUGGUUUUCAUCUGAGUUUCCUAGAGGCUAAGGCUAAAGAGCAGUCAGAAUUGGGGAAUUGGGAAGCUGUCUGUGCUCUGGUUGCGGCGAGCAUUUAUGGGAUCAUUUUGUUUCCCAACCAGAAGAACUUUGUGGAUAUCAAUGCCAUCCGCCUGUUUAUUCGAAGGAAUCCUAUCCCUACAUUGAUUGGAGAUGUCUAUUAUUCGGUUCAUAACCGGAAUGAGAAGAGGCGUGGGGGUUUGAUUCGAUGCUGCGCGCAGUUAUUGGUCAAGUGGUUUAUGGGUUACUUACCAUCCAAGGGUGCUUUUGUUCUUCUGGGCCAGAAUGUUACUUGGGCGACCAAACUGAUGGGCUUGAGGGCUAAGGACAUAGAUUGGACUCACAGUAGUGGAGUUGGACAGGACUUUAUCUGCAGUUGCAGGGGUUUUCCUAAUGUGCCGCUUAUAGGGGUUCAGGGUUGCAUCAAUUACAACCCGACACUUCUUAAGAGGCAAAUGGGAUUCGCUAUGGAGCUUCCACCGUACAAGAGUGAGAUUCAGGAAUCUGUGUACUUCCCGGUUGAGGGUAACCAGGAUAGGGUAAAGCAGGUAUCCGAUGCAUGGCGCAGCAUUCAGAGGAAGGGCAAGGCUUCCUGGGGUAGAGCUAACAACAGAUCUUUUCCUCCGUUCGAUGAUUGGCUCAGAAAGAGAGUGGAGCUUACUUGUCUACCAUUUCCUAUGGUCGAUCCGUGGUAUCCGUUGGUUGAGGAGACUCCUUCUACUGUUAGUAUGGAUGAGUUCUUAGAGAUGAAGCGGGAACGAGAUCAGCUACUUGCAGAGAAGACGGAAUUGGAGAUGAGUGUUGCUCGGGUUCAGAGAGCUAAUCAGGAGCUCAAAGCGAAGAUGGAAGAUCAGGAUAAGCGGCAUGCUUUGGAGACCAAGCGAUUUGAGAUGGAUACAGCCUAUUAUGGGAAGAUCAGCCAAGCUUUAGCAUCGUCCAACCGGGAGCAUGACAUCACAAAGGAGAAGCUGUUCAGAGCAUCAAAGGUGAUUGAAGAUGAGAAGAGGAGGCAAAUCCUAAUCAGGGAUCAGAGAGAUGAGAGAGCCAGAGUCCUCGCUGCAGAGUGGGAAGCGGAAAAGGCAAAGAUCAGGGCCGAGAGAGAUCAUAACAUGGCAGAGAGAGACCACUACUUCAGGCAGAUGAAGAUUCAUCAGAAGGAAGUUGGAAGACUACAGCAGGAGAACAUAGAGCUCAGGUUCGCCGCAGAGUUCGCAAGGAUGGAAGGCGAGAUAAGGCCAUCUGUGGGACCCUCAUCUAGCUAGAUCCUUCAUUUGUGUUGAAUUACCGUCAGGCUUGUUGACGGAAUUCACUUUGUCUGUAUUUCUUUUCUAUUCUGGAGGAUUGUAUUUGAUAUUUGAUCUGAUGUAUGACUAUUGCACCGAUUGUGCACUUUUUGGUUAUGUAAUGAUGGUUUCUAUUCA